UUUCUUGCAGAUGUGUUCCCGCAGCAUUAAAAUCUCGGUGGUGAUGAUGUUCCUUAUCUUCGUUCCACUGUUCACAGCUUUUCCCCGCAAUCACAAUAUGGCCAAGAGAAGUAAUUUCUUUGAUCUGGAAUGUAAAGGCAUCUAUAACAAGACCAUGUUCUAUCGUUUGGAUAAAAUAUGCGAUGAUUGUUAUAACUUAUUCCGUGAGACAAGUAUACACAGAUUAUGCAAGAAAGACUGUUUCGAUUCAAAAUGGUUUGGUGAAUGUUUAAAAGUUUUAUUUAUACCGGCCGAGGAAGUUUCACAAUUACAAGAUUUCAUAAAAAUUGUUAACGGUUCACCGAUAAAUUUCAAUAUGCCGCCAAUUACAACAUAACUACUUUAGAUCAACACCAACAUCCCUUCCCACCAAAAACAAACAAACAACAACA